GCCAAACGAGCCUUCUUGUCGGAGUUGCGGACCAAGCAUCAUUCAAUCUACCAGACCUUCUGGCUCUCCCACGCUUCCAACCUGCUGGGCGCAAGUCAGUUUGGGGAGGUUCGCGAGAUUGCCGCCCUUCCAAAACAGGCGGAUGCCUGCCGCUUCGUCGGAACCUUCAAGGUAGCGAAGAUGCGUACUCUGCCUUAUGAGCCCUUCCUCUGUUUUCCUCUAAGGGCUUUCAACAUGAACGAGAACAUUCACGUUCACAUUACUCACCCCUAUGCCAACGGUGCGCGCAAUUUCAGCCAUCGCAUCCACCACUUGUCUUUUGGUACUCCAAUCAAGAACUACGUGAAUCCCCUGGACUCAGAAGAAGUCAUCUCUCAUGACUCUGCGCUGAUGUAUCAGUACUUCAUUCAAGUAGUACCUACCACCUUUUCUACCCGAAGACGAACUAUCGAGACGUACCAGUACGCUGUGACUGAGCAGGGCCGAUCGAUCAGCCACGCUAACGGUAGUCACGGCGUACCUGGCCUCUUCUUCCGUUACGAUAUCUUCCCCGUGCGAGUGGACGUCGUAGAGACGGGUGAAACAGUCGUGCGUCUCUUCAUCCGCCUCUCCGCCAUAGCCGGUGGUGUCUACGCCACCGUCGGCCUCCUAUGUCAGUUCUUCACUCAGCUUCUACCCACCUUCCUCAACAACUACACACCCCUCCGUCGACGACCGAGCUCCCUUAGCACGGGUCUUGGUCCCGAACCCUUGAUGCCGGAAGAGGAUUCCUAG